GUCAGAGAGGUCAACUAAAUGAAAGCAAGCAUGGCUGGGAAUGACUGUGUAGUGAUCCCUGACGACUGGCAGGGUUACAAGCUGGACCUGUUCUGUAUCCCCAAACACUAUGAAGAUGAUCUGGAGGAUAUUAUGAUUCCUUCAGGACUUAUAGAUGACAGAGUGGAGAGACUGGCGCGGAAUAUCUGCCAAGACUUCGGCCAUGCUGACCACUUGGUGGCGCUGUGUGUGCUGAAAGGAGGCUACAAAUUCUUCGCAGAUCUACUGGACAAGAUAAAACAGUUAAACAGGAACAUCGAACAUUCAGUGCCCAUCUCCAUUGACUUUAUCAGGGUUAAGAGUUAUGUGGAUGACCAAACAAGCGAUGAAGUUCAAAUCCUAGGAGUGGAUAACCUGGAUAAUAUCACAGGAAAGAAUGUGUUGAUAGUGGAAGACAUAGUGGAUACAGGGAAGACAAUGGAAAGGUUACUAAAACACCUAGAACAGUAUAAACCCAAGAGGGUUAGGGUCACCAGUUUAUUAGUAAAAAGAACCAAAGGCAGCACAGGAUACAGACCAGAUUAUAUAGGCUUUGAGAUACCAUGUCGGUUUGUCGUAGGGUACGCACUUGACUAUAACGAGCAUUUCAGGGACCUAGGGGGAGUGAGAGGAACCCGAGAUAGAGAACAGGAUGGUGGAGACUCUUGCCAUUUAAUUUAA